AUGGAUCGACAGAAAUUCUACGAUAUUGUAUUCGCGCGCCUCACAUGCAAUCUUUCCUCGGCUUCUGCAGGCGUCGUUGCUUCCGUCUUACGUUUCGUGCUUCAUCGGAGUGGAUCUCACGAAGUACUUCAACGCGUUCUGCGAGAGCUUGUCGGGACGAGGACGGAAAAUUCCGGUCCACCACUUGUUCUUCAUCAAAGCGAAGACAAAGCUGAACAUGGUCAUCCAAAGGAUGACAGCCUGCUGGAUUUGGUAGUUCUGCUUGCGCAAAAGGUGCUUGGGCAGAAUGUUGGUUCAGAGUCUGGAAUUAUAAGCUGUCCCGAAGUGUCGAAUGCGUCUUCAGCACUCAAAUCACAACAGGAGAUGGGACCUGCAAAAAAGAGGCGGAAAACUACGACCAGCGAGGAGGCCUCAUCGACUGCGCCGAAAGGCGAUGGUUCCACGGAACAAGAGAGUAUUUUGAAGCUAGGUUCUCUGACGGAAGGAACGAAGUCAGCGGUACUGAAUUUGCUGAGGCCAGACAUGACGGUCUUUCGCAACACCGA